UUUUUAUUAUUCAGUGGUUUCCUCGCUUGUAGUCCUAAACUUUCCUAGUCGGGGAGGCUACAAAUGCAUCAGUCCACCCACGCUGUGCCAGUCUGCUGCGCUCUGCCCGAACCUGCUGCAGCAGGAAAACAGCGCUCUUAGCCAACGAUCACUCUUGAAUAUACACUUGAUAAACUACUGAUGGCGAGAAAAUCCAGGCUGACUUACACAGCUACACUGAUGCUGCUUUUAAUAACCUGGAAGGAGAGCACGUAUUGCAAUGGGCUUACAGUGAGUCCUCCAGAGAACCUUGUAAUAACAGACCCGGGGCAUCUUGGACAACUGGAGAUUACAUGGAAUCCCCCAGAAAGCUUGCCUAACAUGACAGAGUGCUCAGUACGAUAUCAGCUGGAGUACUACAACACCUACCGGGACAGCUGGGCUAGCAUCAGGACAAGUAAAAGGACCUACACCGCUCAGUUUGACCUGAUGAAAGAUGUUAGAGUGAGAAUCUACACCUUGCUGAGUGGGACCUGCACCAACGAUACUAUGAUCAAGAGCACAGACUACACUGAAGUCAUCCAGAAACCUCCCAGCACAGGUGUUGUGGGUACUGAAGUCCUGGAUUUUAAAUGUGUGUUCCACAACAUGGAGUACACAGAGUGCCAGUGGAGAAGAAGUGAAAAGAUACCAGACAACUCCCUGCAAAAGCUAUAUUUCUGGCACAAAGAACUUGGACAGGCUCAGGAAUGCCCAAAGUACAACACAUUAGGCGGUGUCAGGAUAGGGUGCACAUUUGCAGAUGCACCGCUUCCUGUAUUCACUGAUAUCAACUUCUGUUUAAAUGGAAGCUCUCCUGAGGGGCCACUAAAACCAACAUAUGCCUCCCUGCAAAUCCAGAACCAUGUGAAGUGUGCAGCCACAAAAAAACUGCAUCUGCAAACAGGUCCUGACAAGUUUGAACUACACUGGGAACAUCCUGAUGGAAAGGUUCCUGGCCACUGUCUAGAAUACGAGGUGGAACACAAUCAAGAAGGACCUGAUGGAAAAGAAUCAUCGACAGAAUCUCUGACAGGAGGGCGGACAAGCCUGACUUUGUCCAUCGACAUCAACAAGACCCACUGCUUCAGGGUCCGGUCUAAGGUACAUAAGUACUGUGCGAGCACGAGCUACUGGAGUGACUGGAGCCAUCCAGUAUGCCAACCAGAGCAGAAAGACGUGACACCUGAACCAGAUGCCAUAUGGGAUGCCAUACCUGUCUACAUUUACAUCGCUGUUGCCAUUAUUGCCAUGCUAGUGCUGUCUCUGUGUGUGUGGGCAAUGUUCAAACUGAAGAAACCAGUGCAAGAGAAAAAAGUGGAGUCUCUGCUUACAUCCCUGUUUGCCAGGCGUCCCCUUCUUGGUCCCAUAGAAGCCUAAAAAGGCAAGAAAAGCUGUACCUUCCUCCGACGCAAAGAGGACCUCAUAUAAAUAUUUUACUGUUGCACUCCUCCUCAGUCAUUGUUUAGGUUCUGUAGUUUCAAAAGGCACAAUGAAGCUCUCAAAGAUGGCAUAGCAUGCAGACAGUGAGAUUGUAAUCACAUAUUUCAGAAGAUAUUACAUUUAGACUGAAGGUCAUAGUUUGUCUGUGUUUGUAUUAUAUUUUUCACAUACAGAACUACAUAUUAUUCCAUUAUACUAUAUUUUUUGUAUUUACCUUUCUAUAUAAAUGUUUUAAGUGUCAUGAAAGAUUUGAACUGUCCUGUUAACUGGACUGUUACACUGUACCAGAAAGUAUCCUAUCGUUGUUUACUUUUUAGCUAUGACACUUGCAUAUUUGUUAAGGGAGGAGAACUUACUUUGGGAUUACAUUUUUUUAUGUUUUACUACUCGGUUGAUUUCUUUACUGGUUCAUUUCACAUGGAUUUGUAUUGAUGUUGUGGAGAAAUAACGUUUUUAGUGAAAUCUGUUUGUUGUUUACCUCAUGCCUCAAUUCUUGCCAGUCAGCUCACACAAUAAAGACUGUUUUUGUUUUUGUGUAAAGUGCAAAAUAUGUGUUUCAUAAAUGUUAAAUGGAUUUCAACAAAGUUAUUGCUAAAUACUUGGAGUCAAGGAACUUUGCUGACACCUAAGGAUGAAUUAAAUGGAGAAAUUGAACCAGUUAGUUGUUUCAAAUGCCAGUUUUAAUUUUUCCCCCCGUUUUUGGAGGCUUGAACUUUAUCCAAACUAACCUGCAAAACAAUGUUACUACAUCUAUUUCUGUGCAACUCUUGCCAAACACCAUUUAUUAUAUUAAAUCAUAGAGUUGAUCCAAUUUUUAUGACAUUGAAAGUGCUUUUUGGCUGCCAUCAUUUUGGCUGCCAUCCAUUUAUUCCAAAUAAAUAAUGAAUGUAUGAUUUUAUAAAUUAAUGGAUCACAUAUAUCUUUUUGAUUUCUGAUCCUGUUGGGGUUGAUGGGUUUUAGAAAGCAAUAGAACAUCUAAUACUAUAAAAUUAGGCUAUCAAGUUGGUGCUGAGUGUUAUUCUUACCAGCUUUUAUAUGUUAAAGCAUAUUUUAUAGAAUAAUAAUGCUUGUAAUGAAUGUAUUUUAUGCUCUUAUUUGGGUUUGAUGUAUUUGAUGUAUUUCAU